AUGAUGAGAGACACCAGAGAACCCAUCACGGCCCCCUGCGCAUCCCUGGCCUCUGGUAUCCUGUUGUUGCUGUGGCUGAUAGCCCCCAGCAGAGCCUGCACCUGUGCCCCACCCCACCCGCAGACGACCUUCUGCAGCUCGGAUCUCGUCGUCAGGGCCAAGUUCGUGGGGCCCGCGGAAGUCAAUCAGACCGCCUUAUACCAGCGUUAUGAGAUCAAGAUGACCAAGAUGUUCAAAGGAUUUAACGCCUUGGGAGAUGCCCCCGAUAUCCGGUUCGUCUACACCCCCGCCAUGGAGAGCGUCUGCGGAUACUUCCACAAGUCCCAGAACCGCAGCGAGGAGUUUCCCAUCGCUGGACAACUGCGGAACCGAAACUUGUACAUCACUACCUGUAGCUUUGUGGUUCCCUGGAGCCGUCUGAGCUUUGCUCAGCGCCGAGGCUUCACCAAGACCUACUCAGCUGGCUGUGAGGAAUGCACAGCGUUUCCUUGUUCAUCCAACCCCUGCAAGCUGGAGAGUGAUACUCGUUGCCUGUGGACUGACCAGCUCCUCGCAGGCUCUGAGAAGGGCUUCCAGAGCUGCCACCUUGCUUGCCUGCCACGGGAGCCAGGGCUGUGUGCCUGGCAGUCCCUAUGGCCCCGAAUGGCCUGA